CCUUCCUCUCGGACAGUUUUGCUCCACCAGUUUCGCACUGUGCCGGGGCCUGGAGAGGAGUGAGGGAGCGGAAAGAGCAGCGAGAAGAGAGGAUUUGGUGAACCGAGGAGAGACUGACGGGGGAGAGAGGGACCAUGGCUGCUCUCUCUGCCUUGCUGAAGACCUGGGUGAUACUGCAGACCUUGUGUCUGGCUCUAGCCCAAGUGACGGGUCCACCUGGACCUCAGGGCCAGCCCGGCCCAGCAGGCCCCUCUGGCACUCCUGGGUCAGACGGCAUUGAUGGAGACCAAGGACCUCCUGGAUCCCCUGGACCACCAGGGCAAAAGGGAGAGCCAGGAGAACCAGGUCCUGAUGGAGUGCCAGGAGAGAAUGGCAUUGAUGGUUUGAUCGGAGCAAAGGGUGACCGAGGUCCUGUUGGGAGCCCUGGCCCUAAGGGUCAACCUGGACCAAGUGGUGAGCCCGGCCCUCCUGGAUCAGGCCUUCCAGGACUGGCUGGAGCUCUCGGGGCAAUUGGUCUUCCGGGUGAAAUUGGGGCAAAUGGGCCAAAGGGUGUCAUGGGACCACCUGGACCUCCAGGACUUCCUGGGCCUCCUGGCAAGCCUCCCCUUAAUUUCAAUGUUAACACAGCCUGGUUGAAGAAGAUGAAGAACUAG